AGGAAGUGUUGCUUUCGGCUGUUAACAACGUGAGAAAUGAAAGUCAACUGACAGCAAAAUCUUUAAAACAAACAAAAAAAAAAGCCGUUUUCAGUGCAUUCAUGCUAUCGUAACUGUUAGAGAUUUUAUUUAUUUUAUAUUUUUAUCGGAAGAAGUGGCUUUCGCCACGAUGUUUCAGGCUGUAGCUAAGAAGACGCGCUCUGUUUCAUCAGUUUAUCGAGGUAUUUUGUUCGGUUUACGGCAUUUUUGUAACAAUGUUCCUGUAAAACUAAGAGUAUCUGAAGCACUUUCUGGAACUGGGCUGGGAGCAAAUGUUAAGAUCCAGGGAUGGGUUCGCUCUGUUAGACUGCAGAAGAAGAAUGUUUUCCUCCAUGUAAAUGAUGGGAGCUCCUUGCAGUCGCUGCAGGUUGUUGCUGGAGCAGAGCUGAAUGAUCCGUUGCUUACAUUUGGCAGUGCCAUUGAAGUUUCAGGUAUUCUUAAGAAAAGCCCGCAUCAGAAGCAGCCUGUCGAACUGGAAGUAGACCAGAUUCACGUAGUUGGAAAAUGUAAUCCUGUGGCUUUUCCUUUUAAAAUUAAAGAGAGACACAGUCUUGAGUACAUCCGCCAGUUUCCUCACUUGAGGUGUCGAACAAAUGCCUUCAGCUCUCUGCUGAGGGUACGAAGUGAGGCCACGACAGCUAUACAUUCAUAUUUCAAGAACAAUGGCUUUGUACAGAUUCACACACCGAUCAUUACUUCAAAUGACUGUGAAGGAGCAGGGGAGCUUUUUAGAGUUGAACCCUCAGGCCCAGAGUUUGUGGGUGACGUGAACUUUUUCUCUCUCCCGGCCUUCCUGACUGUGUCGGGACAGCUACAUUUGGAGGUGAUGUCCGGUGCUUUUUCUAGAGUCUACACAUUUGGGCCGACUUUUCGAGCUGAGAACUCCCAAACCAGACGCCACCUGGCUGAGAAUUAA